AUGCCGCGAAAGAGAAGUGCAAGACCUGAGGCGAACGAUGAUGAUGAUUGGCACCACAUCUCUGAUCAGACAUUGCGAAAGCGUAUACAGAAUCGAGUAGCACAACGGAAACACCAAUUUCAGGACGAAAUGAACUUGUGGUCCUACCCUGCGGAGCUUGCACUGAACGGCCCGUUCCCCUGUGCCUCUGGCCGUUCAUCGGAUGGAGUAUCUGAUACGUUCAUGUCAGCGACCUUGAACGAUGUGGACUUGAAUAUGGCUGCCAAUAUUGCGUCUCUUUCUCGGCAGCCUGCAGCUCAGAUGGUCCAGAGUUGCGAUGGCAAUAUUUUGCGCAGACCGGAUGCUAUGCCUUGGUCGGCCGACAGUGACCAAGAAGUACCUCGAAACAAUAGCAAAUCUUCUAAUCCAGACCAUCUUGAUUGCACAGAACAGGGCUUGCCUUACGCUCCCACUGUAGCCAAAGGGACACCUGAGAGCUAUCAUUCCAAAUCGUGCAGCAACACGGCCGGUUCGAGUCGACGUAUUGUUUCGCAAAAGCAACAGGCAGAUUACUACAACACGCCCUUGUCAGCCAUCUUCGGUCUCCACUUUGGUCUGAAUUCGAAUGACUCGACUCAGGACAAAGGAGAUGGAUCAUCAGCAGAAGAUCGAUCGCCUGACUUGCACGCGCCUCAGAUGAGCAACGAAGAUUCACGAAAGGCCAACAGUAGCAUUGACUCGCCAAUAUGUCUUGCCACGCAAAUUGAGAAGGCGAUUGAAAGUAUUCGCGAGCUGGGCUUUGACAGUGUCGAUGAAUUCGCUACACAAUACUACACGGCGGAUCUUCAACGUCGACCUGCCCUUCAGCACAGACGUCAACGAUCUCGUCGAAGAGGACUGGUCGAUCUCCUGCGCGCUAUUGAAGAAGACUCGAGAAACAAAUGGACGGAGUGGGAAGUACAAUGUUAUCGUGAUGAGAUUCUGCGAUCAGCAGAGGAGGUCCUGGACGAGGAGUUCUCUCGAUUCGUUAAGCGUUACAGCAAGGGCAAGAACGCGGAGGGGAGUCUGGUGGAACAGAGACGCCGGUUCCAAGACCAGUUACCAAACCUGUCAAGUCUACUCAACGUGCUUGGCAUGUCCGUUCAACCCCAAGGAAAUGCAGAUCGAACCGCAGCCACAGUGUGUGCAAUCAGGGUACUGUUGGAUGGUCUCGACGUUCGAAGUCCAAACGAAUGA